AUGGCAACACACAUCGACCGGUUCCUUGUGGAACAUUCGGCUGCGAGCAUUCCCGAAGAGCCUCGCCCUGGGCCAUCUACUGCCCCCUCGCUGACAUACUCCGAUUCAUCUGAUGAGCACGAGGUUGAAGAGCCCCGCCUCCCAGAGUCCCGCCGCCGGCGCGCAUCCACGCGUCUCAUCGCCCAGAGCCCGGCCGAUGUGCAACGGAUCACAGGCGAAACCACAACUCAAUUGAUCCGCCGGUGCUGCGGCGGGGGUUGCUGCCUCGGUUCCGGCCCACCCAGGAAAGCUGAUGUUGAAGUUGAAAAAAUCGAGCUACCGGACAAUAGUGCAUACCGGUCAUUAUGUCUCAAGGUCGACCAGAUUCCUGCGGCACUGAACGACAUUUACGACCUCCCCGAGCAGACAACCUUCUUGCAACCGCUCCGCCGUCCAUCCAGCGUUCCGUCGCCGACCGACUCCAGUAUCUCGCUGGCUACGGACACCCUUUCCCCGACUGUUGGCGACAUUGAUAAAUCACUGCAGUCCUUGGCUUUGGAAGAUCUUGAUACCCAGAUACAACCCCCCUCGUUUGUUCAGCCACAUCCUCCACACCAUGUUUUCCCUGCGCGCAUUCACAGCGCCCGGGAAUUGACCCGCCCUGGGGCCGAGAAGCGAACAUUUCACUUUGACCUCGACGUCACAAACUAUCCCGAAGGCGAGGACGUCGAUUUCAAAGUCGGUGGCGCAAUUGGUGUCUCUGCGCCCAAUGAAGCGACGAUGGUCGAAGAGGUUCUUGACCUCCUGCUGGUGCCCCGAUUUCUUCGCGACAAGCCGGUCCUACUACGCACCACCAAGGGGAGGUGGCCGACCGUUUGGGGUGACGACCAGGCUCGCGAGUUGGUCACAACUAGACGAGAUCUGCUCACUUGGUGUUCCGACAUACAAUCGUACCCGCCGACGAAGCAAAUACUUCGUCUUCUUGCCGAGCACGCUACGGACGCAAACGACCGCAAAAUACUCCUGUUCCUCUGCUCGGCCGAAGGCCAGGGCGUGUUUUGCGAUUUUCGCACCGGCCCCCAUGUCUCACUCGUGCAGCUUCUCCACGCCUUCCCGAGCGCCAAGCCGCCUCUCGACCACCUCCUCUCGGUCCUGCAGCCCCUGAUGCCCCGCUUUUAUUCGCUUUCGAACGAUCCCCAUGAGUCGUUCUUGACGCGAGAUGGGAAACAACACCGGCUGAUCGAAAUCGCUGUCACGGUCCAUGAAACCGCCGACUGGCGCUCGGGAUCCCGUUCAGGUAUUGGUUCCGGCUUCUUCCAGCGCCAAGCGCUCAAGCUUCUCGCCGCGCAGGAACGGGGCGAAAAGGACGCAGAGUUUUACAUCCCCAUGUUCAAAGGCCUCAUGGCAAACCCGCUCGCUAAGCAGUUCGUGACGGAUGGGCCCAUGCUGUUGAUUGGCGCAGGCGUUGGCAUUGCGCCCUUCCGAGGCUUUGUGCAACGCCGCCUCAAGACCGCGAACUGCGCCAACAAGGUGUGGGUUCUUCAGGGCAUCCGUGACUCGCUCGUCGACGAGCUGUACAGCGGCGAGUGGGGUGUGCAUGAGGAUGAGGUCAAGAAGGUGGUCCAGAGCCGUCGGGGCGAAGGCCGCUACGUCCAGGAGGAGGUCAAGGCCCAAGCCGAGCUAGUGUGGUACAUUAUCAACUCGGUCGACGGCCGCGUUUUUGUUUGUGGCAGCAGCAAAGGCAUGGGUGAGGGUGUGGAGAAGGCACUUGUUGAAGUAGCGAUGGAGAGGGGCAGCCUGGAGCGCGAGGAAGCGCAGACCUUUUGGGAUCUGAAGAAGGAGGCCGGGCAGUAUAUUGCGGAGACCUGGUGA